GGCUGAGCGGGCAUAUGGCAAUGACGCACGACCUAGCGAAUAGCGGGAUCAAGUCUUUUGGCCAUGCGAUCUUCACGAAAACGGCUCGGAAUCGUAACCAGUUUAGCUGCAACUGUCUCCCACCGCCCUUUUUGUGCCGGCAGAAUCGAGCGUGGCAGGAAAGGUUUAGGUCGUUGACGUGAUAAGCUG